ACGUUUAGAGGAUAUAAUGCGGACCAACACAAAGACAGAAAACUACGCAUACUUUAGUUUUAUUCAGGAUUUGUGGAGUUAGGAAAUUAGUGAUUUUUAAUUAAUAAAAAAUGCCGUUCCUAUCUCCAGACUGGCGUGGACCAGGGGAUGAAUGGGUCAAGUGUCAGGAUGGAUGGGAAACCAGAAAAGUUGCAGUUGCUAGUGGUAUUGAAUUCCAACAAACAGUGUCGGAUACAGAACGAAAACGAAGACGAUGUAUAACAGAACCUGGAGCUAUAACUCAGGAUAUUGGUUCCGGAAAAGAGAAUAGAAAUCCAGGCAGCCCAAGACUAGAAAGACACAAAUCACUGCCUGUGCUCCAACCCUAUUGCCCCAUCACACUAAAAUGUACAAGGGAGGUUGCAGGCUUUAACACUUUAUCCGAUGUAUUGAAGCGGUUGGAUUUUAGAUCAGCUGUUCACGAUAUCCGAAGAUUUCACUAUGUUUCAACUCUAUUAAGGCUUCUAUUAAGUCCUGAUCGUCUCUUCAACCUGCCAGGUUCAUGUCAGAAGCUAAUUUUCAGGAUUCUGGAAGAAAUGGCUGUAUCGGUAUUUGCUGAGAAACGCGGAGAACAUAUUUUAAAGAAAUUAACUGAGGAUCUUCAUUAUGAGCUUGAUGAGAGAAAGGUCUGGGGGAGCAAUCAUGGAAGUGAGACAUUAAACAGAGCUCAUACUAAUGCAAGACGAAGACUGGCCUGUAUUACAGCUAUGGAACAAAAGAGGAAUAUGGGGUGCAGGGAGUAUAGAAGCAGGAGUAGAGAAGGAAAGAGGGAGAAAGAGGAGAAGGAUGAGAAGGAGGAGAAGGAAGAGAAGGAGGAGAAGGAAGAGAAGGAGAAGAAGAAGGAGAAUAAGGAGGAAAAUAAGAUCAAAGGAUCUGAGGAUUUAAAAACAGAGAUUCUGAUGGAUGAGGAUGAGGAUGAGGAUGAGAUGCUCUGGGAGGAGGAUGGGAUGACAAUGGAUGAAUUGCCUGAAGAAUGUAUUCGUGAGAUAUUACUCCGUCUAUCCGACAGCAAAGAUAUAGAUAGAGCAGGAGAUGUGAUGCCCAUGAUGUCUCUGAUAGUUAAAGAGAGAAGAAUUUGGAAAGAGUUGGUUUCUGCACACUUUAAUAAUCUACAGAUAGAGUUCAUUAUUUCUAGGUUAAUAANUCUAAAAGAGUUUACUGAGUUGAUUCUUCUCUGUAAAAGCUGUCGAGUUCUCUUCUGGCAAUCUUUGGGCCAUCCUUGUCUAAUUCCAGACAAUGGGUGCAGUAAAGGGAUGGUUCCCGUUCUUCCCUCAACAUUCCUCACAUUCUUCUCUAUCUAGAUUAUACUGUACAAUCCCUUUAUCUUCCCUCA